AUGGCCGCCGCGACAAUGAACAGGUCAGGCUUUCCGCCAAUAUCUUACCACACUCCGCAAUCAAACUCGCCGGCAUCAGUUCAGUCACCACAGCACGAUCAGCAUGGACGGCCAAUCUACGGACAGGGACCCAGCCAGAUGCCUCAGUCAAUGUACUACACGCCGUACGCAUCAGCAGCAGUUACGCAGCAAUCACCCUAUCCGCAGCACCCCUCCACCCAGCAGCAGCCGCCAAUGUCGACAAACUCCAUGUUGAUGUCCCAUCAGCAAGGCCAGCCGAUGCAGCACCCUCACCAGCCGCACCCGCACACGCCAGGAAUGACCGGGAGCCCCAAGUCGCGGAUGCCUCAGACGCCCCUUCAACGGCCGCCCUCAGGACUCGGUCCGCCGCAAGCUCCGCCUCAAGCGCCUCCUGUUGGUACGCCUGGCAUGCACACCGGGCCGCCACAAAAUCCAAACGUUAAUCCGAAUGCCGCGCCUGGACCAAUUCCCGCAACUACUCCUCUCGUCGUCAGGCAGGACCAGAACGGGGUGCAGUGGAUCGCUUUCGAGUACUCGCGCGACAGGGUGAAGAUGGAGUACACCAUCCGCUGCGACGUCGAGUCAAUAAACGUCGACGAGCUUCCCCAGGACUUCAAGACGGAGAACUGCGUCUAUCCCCGCGCCUGCUGCCACAAGGACCAGUACAAAGGCAAUCGGUUACAUUACGAGACUGAGUGCAACACCGUAGGAUGGGCGCUGGCGCAGUUGAACCCUUGCCUGAGGGGCAAGCGCGGUCUGAUUCAACGCGCAGUCGACAGUUGGCGGAACAGCAACCAAGACCCGCGAUUGAGGAGCCGACGCGUGAGGAGAAUGGCCAAGAUGAACAACCGUAAGCAAGUUCAAGCGACGCAUGGGAGCCACAUGGCUGGGCCAGGUGGACCCGGUGCGCCUGGGGUCCCAAAUUCAGCCGGAAUGCCAGCACCACCCCAACAGCCGAGCAUGGGCAUGGGCGCUCCCCAGAUGCAUCACCACCAUGAACACCCUGGAGGACCUCAGGGAGGAAGUAAUGAUGUUAGCGAAUCACGGACCCACCAUCAUCAAGCGCCAAAUGGACAGCAGUCAUCGCCCAACGAUGUGCGGCAAACUCAGAACUUCUAUCCUACCUUUCCAACAAGUGACUCAGUAGCGAGCUCAAGCGGCAUGCCACCAAUACACGACGGCAUGGGACAUCACCCACCUCCACCACAUGCCUCGGGUGUUCCGGUGUCGAAGCAAGAGCAGGACGACGAGGAGCGGAAAGUGGCCAUGUUCGGAGACCUACCAGAGGCUAAGCGACGCAAGUUCAUUCUUGUUGACGACGCGCAACGUGGGACCCGGGUGCGUGUGCGAGUUACGCUCGACACCGUCAAGAUGGAGGAGAUGCCCGACUCAUACCGCAAGACCAACUCUGUAUUCCCUCGCAGCUAUUUUGCCAUGCAAAUGACCUCUCCACCAGCCAGCCCUCGAGGGAGCAAGGUAUUCAGCGAUGAGCCUGAGGUUGAGAGCGACCCAAGCUUUCCGCUAGCGGGACGCACGUCCGUUCCAGUACCGACGCUCGAUGGUGAGGCUACCGUUCCUAAGCCGCGCUUGACGCGAGCGAAGCGCACGAAGGAGAUUACUCUGAACGAUCUUGGCUACAGGAUGAGCUGGAGUCAGAGCAGGGUGUUUGCGGGCCGGACACUGUUCCUACAGAAGUCACUGGAUGCAUAUCGAAACAAGAUGCGAAGUAGCAUGAUGGGCCAUGGACAGGAUGUUGCCACGGUAGCGCCACACUUUGAGACCCGCGUCGGAAAGCGCAGGUGGAACGAGAGGAUUGAGAAGAAUAAGAAGAGAGGGCGCGAGGGGUCUCCUUAA